GUGCGCAUGCGCGGUUGCAGGUGAGUGGGGCCAUGGCGGCCGGGCAGCGCAGCGCCGCUAAGGCGGCCUGGCUGCUGCAGGUGGCAUGCUAGCCCGGGCUGCCAUGCGCCAGCGCAGCGGUCCCGGCAGCAGCAGCAGCAGCGUGAGAGCGGCGGCGGCGGCGGCGGCGGCACCGGCGGUUGCGGCACCGGCGGCGGGGGCCCGGGCGACCCAGAGCGGCCAGCAGGCACCGCGGCGUUCGCGCAGCGCCCCGAAGCGUCACCACGGAUCACGCGCAGGCGCCGCACGACCAUCAGCCGGCUGGCGAAGGCAAGAGCAUGUCCUUCCUGUUCCGCUUCCACGACCUGAUCGGAGGCAUCCAUGUGCCCAUCGACGACGGCGUGGACAAGCUGAACCGCAAGUACACCCUGGUGGUGUUCCUGUUCCUGGCGCUUCCCAUCUUUACGCGCCAGUACAUCGGCGACCCAAUCGAGUGCUUCACGCCGACUUAUUUCACGGACGCCCAGGCGCGCUUUGUCAACAGCUACUGCUGGACAGCCUCCACAUACUACCUGGUGAGCGACGCCGAGGGCGACGAGGCGGCCGAAGCUCCGCCGCGAGAGCCGCCGGACCCGCGAGUGCAGCCUGAGGAGCUGGACUACGCGGGCUUCGAGACCCCGCCGGCCGGUGGCGCCGAGCGCCUGCGGCGCGUGCACGUCUCGUACUACCAGUGGGCGCCGCUGAUCCUGCUCGUGCAGGGCUGCUGCUUUCACCUGCCCUUCGUGCUGUGGGGCGCGUGCGCGCACAGCGCGGGCGUCAAGCUGCGCCGGCUGCUCAAGCGGGCCUCGGACAUCGCCAGCCUGCCGCCGGGCUGCCAGCAGCGCGAGGCCCUCCUGUCCGAGUUCGUGGAUCAGUUCCACACGCUGGUGGCCGGCAGCGCGGGCUGCUGCACGGACCCGGCCUGCGGCCUCCCGCUCGCCUGCCGCUGCGUGGGCGGCCCCACGCGCUACCUCUGCCUACUCUACCUGCUGGUCAAAUCGCUCUACGUGCUCAACGUGGGCCUCCAGUUCCUGCUGCUCACGGCCUUCCUGGGCCGCGGCUUCUUGCGCCACGGCCUCGAGCUGGCACGACGGCUGGCCGCCGACGGCGACUGGUGGAACUCGCCGCGGUUCCCGCUGCAGACGCUGUGCCAGGUGCGAGCCGCGCUCCAGGGCGGCCUGCGCACCUACCUCUGCCGCUGCGUACUGCCCAUCAACGUGUUCAACGAGAAGAUCUUCUCCGUCGUAUGGUUCUACCUGGCGCUCCUGCUGCCGCUGAACCUGGCCAGCCUGCUGCUCUGGCUGUGGCGCUGCUUCCGCUGCAACCGGUUCGCCUUCGUGCGGCUCUGCCUCUGGAGGACCCGCAUGGUGAGCCUGGGCGAGCUGUCGCGCGUCUCGCGCAAGAUCGCCGUCAACUACCUGGGCUGGGACGGCGUGUUCGUGCUGCGCCUCAUCGAGAACAACCAUGGCAGCGCCAUGGCCACCGUCAUCCUGGGCCGCCUGUACGACUUCUACGCCAACCAGAUGAAGGCGCAGGACGACGGCUCCGACGUGGAGCUGGGCCCCAUGCCGCCCUCGGUGGCCGCCCAACAGACCGGCACCAUGCACCCGUGCCACGGCGCGCCCUGUCACGGCGGCGCGGCCGCGCCCUGCGCCCACCAGUUCGGUGCCAGGCGGCCCGGGGGCUACUGGGGCAAGUGAGCGCGCAGCAGGGACCUAGCCAGUUACCGUAGCCGGCCCUACGGCCGCUAGGCUCGCCUAGAGCACACACAUGUAUCCCAGAGAGGGCCGCCCUCGCUAUGCAAGCCCGGCGAGGCGGCUUCCACACCGCCUCGCGCGCGGCACCGUGUAUCUCUAUCGCCCCGGGCCCUGCUGCGGCCGCUGGCCCCAAUGGCAGCCAGACCCCUUGGUACCGCCUGGGGGCGCCUCUCUCUCUCGAGGGGGCCGCCCCGACUAGUAGCUCGCCAGGGGCCGCUUACCGCCGGCGGUGCGAGGACCGCUGCCGCCGCGCAAGGACCGCCGCUCUCCGGGCAGCCUGCACGCAGGCAGAGCCUUCCAGCCCGGACGACGACGGCCAGGACCACACGAGACGUUCUCUGUGUCGCAGGUCUUCCGGCCCAAGGGCAGCCUCUCGGGCCGAUACCGCGUGGCGUGGUGGCGGGUCCCGCAGGGCCGGCGAGAAGCGUUCCUGCACGGCGAGAUCCCGCCCUGGCGAGCACCCGUUGGGACCCAGCGGGAAGCGCUCGGCUUCCGCACCAGCCGUUCGGACUGCCAACUCGCGACUCAGAGGCGAACGUAGAAGUCAUUGCCAAGUAUUUCAUGCUUAACCACAUCAGCUGAUAUUAUUUGCUAACGGGCUCUGGAGCGAAGAAACAAUCUUAAAUUACUCAUCCAGAAUAUGUUCCUAGCUGCGAAUUCUAAUAAACGGACAAACGGGAGUAAACCCCCAAC